AUGAUUGUUCCUGAAGGAAAUGUAUUAGGAGAAGUAGGAAAAGGUUACAAGUAUGCUAUUGAGAUAUUGAAUGAGGGACGUAUUGGAAUAGCAGCUCAAAUGAUAGGGAUUGCACAAGGAGUGUAUGAUCACGCAUUACCUUAUUUAUUCCAAAGGGAACAAUUCGGUCAACUUAUUGGCAACUUUCAGGGAAUGCAAAUGCAAUAUGCACAAAUUGCAACUGAAAUCGAGGCUGCCAGAUUGCUAACAUAUAAUGCGGCUAGAAUGAAACAAGAAGGUGAUCUUUUAAAUCCUGAAAAAGAACGAUUUAAUGGUACUUUCUGUAUAUGUGCAAAAUAUAAGCUUCUUGUUGCAUACAAAGUAGCACAUGGCUUCAAAGUUUUGAGAAAUUUUAAUAAAGAAAUGAACAAGAAUAUUAUAUUAUAUACUUAA